AGAUUUCUUCAAACCGAAUAAGCCUAAAAAUGUCGGCCAGAAAUCCUGGACAGGUGUUUGAUCCAAGUUGGUUUGACAAUAUAUAUGUCAAUUUACCCGCUGUGAAGCGCAGAGCAGAGUCCUUAGGAACCCGCAGAACAGUGAAGAAACAAUGGCAAGCAGCAUGGUUAUUACGUGCAGUAACGUGUAUUGAUUUAACAACUUUGGCAGGGGACGAUACUCCAUCAAAUGUUUCAAGGCUAUGUUUUAAGGCAGCAAAUCCUGUUGGAAAAGACAUCCUGAAAGCAGUUGAAAUGGAAAAUGAAGGCAUUUCAGUUGGUGCAGUGUGUGUGUAUCCCAACAGAGUAGCUGAUUGUGUCAGGUUUCUCAAAGCUUCAAAUCGCCCUGAUAUUCCAGUAGCCUCUGUAGCAACAGGAUUCCCAACAGGACAGGUACCCCUUAAAACACGACUAGAAGAGAUCAAAAUGGCAGUAGCAGAUGGAGCCAAAGAAAUCGACAUUGUCAUCAAUCGCCAGUAUGCUUUAGAGGGAAAUUGGAGAGGAGUGUAUGAUGAGGUAUGCAUGAUGAGAGAGGCUUGUGGAGAGGCCCAUAUGAAGACCAUCCUAGCAACUGGGGAAUUAGGUUCAAUGGUUAAUGUUUACAAAGCAAGCAUGGCUUGCAUGAUGGCAGGAGCAGAUUUCAUCAAGACCUCCACAGGAAAAGAAGGAGUAAAUGCCAUUUUGCCAGUGGCUCUAGUCAUGGUGCGAGCUAUUCGGGAAUACUACCAGCGAACUGGACAUAAAGUUGGAUUUAAACCUGCAGGGGGAAUAAGAAGUGCCAAAGAUGCUUGCACAUGGCUCUCUCUAAUGAAAGAGGAGCUUGGGGAUGAAUGGUUGUGUCCUCAUUUGUUUCGUCUUGGAGCUAGUGCUCUUUUAAUAGACAUAGAGAGGCAGCUUUUCCAUUAUGUGUAUGGCAGAUAUGCUGCUGCACAUGAAAUUCCUAUGUCAUAAUGUGGUCAUCUUAUUGGGUACAUGUAAUUUAUAUGUUAUUAUAGGUGACUUUUAGAUUGAUAUCACAUUAAAGAGAGCCGAUAAAGGCAUUGUAUGUUAGUCUCAUUAUUUGUUUCCAAUUAUAUUGCUAGACUGUUUGGAUUUUUUACCCCGUACUUUAACUGUGUAUAUGAUGAUUAAUUUGAAUCUCCUACAGCCUGGUUUUUAAUUGAACUUGGUUCAUAAUGUUAAGUGAUUUAUAUAUUAAAAAUCAAAUGUUGUGUAUAUAGUUAUUUUCAUACAAUAUAUCUAGAGUGGGUUUGUUCUUGAUUAUGUAAACCUUGAUUACAACCCUAAAAGUUAAGAAUUUAUAUGUACAUGUACUUGAUUUGAGUGACAGAGAUGCAUUGAGAUGGACUCCAUUCAUUAAUUUCGAUGGCUCUUUAUGUUGGAUCUUUCAGCAGCUGUAUUUAGGGUGGAGGGGGGCUGAUUUUUUAAAAAGUGUUCCAUUUUGUUGAAUAUAUCAUGUUUAUAUGCAUAAGCAUUAUAAUUAUAAGUGGGGGUAUUUGAUAGUAUAGUAAUUAUAUUUAAUAAUUUUGACUUUGGGGAACCUACCUUUCUUUUUUUCUUUAAUCAAGAUAGUCUUGAUAAAGUACCAAAUUCAAGAAACAGUGAAUAAGAUAUUUGUAAAAGCUCAUUAUAUACAGGUUAAAAAAAACUUCAUAUUUUGGCAAUUCAUAGGUCUUCGAUAGGCUGCCAAUGGAAAAUAAGCAAUAUGAAACAUCCCUACACAGUAAACAUUAAAUACCACAUCUAGAUUUUCCAUAGACUACCAGCAUUGUCAUGAGCCAGUCAAUGAUAUUUUUUUUUAGUGACUAACAAAUGAAUAUGAAUAAUUGUUUUGUAAAAAAAAAAAAAAAAUGUUUCACUAUUUUAAAGACAAAUAUACAAAUGUAAUUAUUUGAAUUUUUCUGUUGUACUGCUAGUUAGUAUUCUAAACUGGUAAAUAAAGUUGGAGUUCUAAAUGAUACAAUUGAAAUUGUGUCCACAAUAUUGUUACAGGUGUACAUUGGCCAGUUGCUGUAUCUCCUUGCAACUUUUCCUGGGACUACACUUGAUGUAACUGUAAUAAAAUAUUAAAAAUAAAUUAAAUAAUAACCAA